UAUAUAUAUAUAUAUAUAUAUAUAUAUAUAUAUAUAUAUAUCUUUAGCUAGAAAGGCAGAACCAAGUUUCCCAUAUAUAGAUAGAGAAAGGUAUAUUUAUAGAAGAAGAAAUGGGAUUUCUCAAGGCUAAAGGAGACAUUUACAAGGCUGCUGAGGAUGUUGAUGUUGGUCCAAAUAGUAAUGAAUUUUAUCUCCAAGCCAACGUCAAAGCACCUCGGAUGGCCGGCUUUCUUGUUAAAGUGUUCGCAUGGUUCUUGGAAUUGCCGAUCUUUGGAUCCAUUAUGCUCUAUUUUUUGAAGAGAAAUAACUUAAUUCACAAGCUUGUUACAUUUGCUGAGUUGCAGGAGUCACCCCUCUAUGUUCCUCUUCACAACUAUGAAGGCGGAAAAGAAGAAAAAGAAAUGAAAAUUGUAGAGUAUGAGUCUCCAAGGGAGCAAGUUGGGCUGGCCUUGGAAUGUAUUGAGAACAUCCUACCUCCAAAGUAUAGCUUUAGUAGGUGGACCAUAUUGGAUUAUUCAACUGCUUAUCAUUCCAAACAAAUUACACCUCUCAAGGUAGUGGAUAGGUUUUUAUCCGCCGUUCAGCACUCAUCUACUCCUUCAAUGCAAAUGUCAUUUUUUAUUAACUUUGAUACUGAUGAUAUCUUAAGACAAGCUACUGAAUCAACUCGUCGAUACCAUCAAGGUGAACCACUAUCAGUUUUGGAUGGAGUUCCAAUUGCAGUAAAAGAUGAAAUUGAUUGUAUGCCCUACCCCACCACAGGAGGCACAAAGUGGAUGCAUAAGGUAAGACGAUGCAAGUAUGAUGCAGAAUGUGUAAAGCGUUUGAGAUCAUGCGGUGCCAUAUUGGUGGGAAAAACAAAUAUGCAUGAGCUUGGUGCUGGAACUAGUGGUAUAAAUCCUCAUUAUGGAACAACUAGAAAUCCCUAUAAUAUUGGAAGGAUUGCCGGUGGUUCUUCUAGUGGUUCUGCUGCUGUUGUGGCUGCAGGAUUAUGCCCCGCUGCCCUUGGCGUCGAUGGAGGAGGUUCUAUAAGAAUGCCUGCUGCUCUUUGUGGAGUUGUUGGUUUUAAGCCAAGCUUUGGACGUGUAUCACACUCGGGUGUUCUUCCUCUGAAUUGGACAGUUGGAAUGGUAGGGAUACUUGCUGGUACAGUUGAAGAUGCACUUCUAGUUUAUGCAGCUAUCACUGGCCCCAAAUCAUCAGAUCAAUCUAAAAUCACUCCGCCAAAACUAUAUUUUCCUCUGCUGAAGUCACCAAAGCCUUUACCUAAUAUCAGACUGGCCAAAUAUGGGGAGUGGUUUAAUGACUGCAGUGAUGAAAUAAGAGUAUGUUGUUGUCAAGCUCUUACAAAAUUGCACGACAGAUAUGGUUGGAAGACCAUAGAAGUAACAGUUCCUGAGAUAGAGGUUAUGCGCUUGGCACAUUAUGUGACAAUUGGAUCUGAAUGCAGUACUUUAAUUGCUCGUGAACUAGAAAAGUUGAAUAAAGAAGAACUGGGAUGGGAUGCUAGGGUUGCACUUCCUGUGUAUGGUUCUUUUAGUAGCCAGGAGUAUUUGAACGCUCAGAGAAUCAGAAAUCGGCAGCUGCAGUUUCACCAAAGAAUAUUUAGCAAGGCAGAUGUCAUUGUUACACCAACAACAGGGGUUACUGCUUACACCAUACAAAAUGAUACUCUGGAGACUGGGGAACUCGACUACAUAAAUGGAGCUGCACUAGUUCGAUACCAGAUAGCAGGAAACUUUCUGGGAUUGCCUGCUAUUACUAUACCAGUUGGUUACGAUAGGUCCAAUUUGCCUAUUGGUCUUCAAUUUAUUGGGAAGCCAUGGGAUGAAUCCUUAUUGAUUCAUAUAGCUUUUGCCAUGCAAGAAUUAUGCAUUUCAGAAUACAAAAAGCCAGAGGUUUUCUGGGAUCUGUUGGACAAGUAAUUGAAUUUAGUUAAUCUGAUCUGCAAGGCAUACACUGGAUAGCCUGGAUUCAUGCAUUUAAUAUUUUAUUUGGAAUUUUUUAAAUAUGUAUGGACUAAACUACCCCUUAGGAGGCUUUAUUUGGUUUAAGUAUGAGAAGCUGUUUUUCUUCCCCUCCCCAACGAAUCUUUCUCUAUAAGAUUAGAAAACUAUUACUGCUUUUA